CCCCAUUUGGACCCCUGUGACCACCGACUGCGCAACAACUCUCUCCAAGCUACCCAUCACCAUCGUUCGUCCCUGCCGACACCAGCAUGGAUUGCUUUUUUUGUCUACCAAUCAUAUUCGGCUGCCCCACAAAAAUCAAGCCGGAAGGAAACCAAGGAGCCAGAAUAUGUCCUCGGUGCCAUAACGCUGCGAUGUUCUCCGCCAAGUCCAGAACCUGGUUCGAGCUCUGUUUCGUCCCGCUCAUUCCUCUAAACUCGAAGCAUGUUUGGAUGUGCGGGAUAUGUCAGCUGCAGGUGAAUGUGCAGCCUGGGUGGGAGCCUCAGGUGGCUCAACCGGGGUAUCAGCAUCCGCAGUUGCAGGGCCAGUAUGGGCCGUCUCAGAGCGUUGCAUACGAGCCUGGGUAUACCCAACCUCAGAAGUGACCCGGAUGUCGAGCGUGUCAGGGCUCAUUAACUAUUUUUGCGAGAGUUACCCUGUAGGAUGAUAGGUACGAUACUAGGCGUCUUUGUACUAUUAUUUGGACGCUGGACACUGUAGCGCUGGAUACGAUAUCUACUCAAGUUGUAUCAUAUAUGGACUUGUCCUUGCGAUCUCCUUCGCUGUCGGUGACGGUAGAUCAUAAUUCCAAUGGCUCCGAUCAAAAA